AUGGCUUCUGGUUCGAAAGCGACCAACUUACUUGUAUGUUGCGACAGUGUCGACAAUGGCUCCGACAACAUCGACUGGUCUAAAUUUCCAAAGGAUCUGUUGGAGGAGAUUGUAUUUAGAUUGGUUCGUCUUUCCGAUCAUAUUAACUUUGCAUCUGUUUGCACGUCCUGGCGAUCUGUUGCAGUUGAGAAUCGUUCGCGUAUUCCCCGUCAAAUUCCACUUGUGAUAAUUCCCGGUAAAUUUAAUAAGGAAACCCGCGCUUUCUUUAGUCUAUAUUCUGGCAAGACUUAUGGUGCUCAUCUCCCAGAACUACACCGAAACUGGUGUUGCGGAUCAUCAGAAGGUUGGCUGGUUAUAGAGGAUGAUUAUAGGGAAGAGAUUUUUCUACUAAAUCCCUUCUCCAGAGCCAAAAUUCAGCUACCAUCACUGUCGACAUUCUCGGACCCUCAAGACAGUGCUGACCCAGAAAGGCUACGAAAGUUCCAAUUCGUAAUGAAGGCAAUCUUGUCUUCUAACCCAGAUACAACAUCAAACUAUGUGGUGAUGGCUAUUAUGGUCUGUGAGGAGGAGAAUUUGUCUUUCUGGAGACCUGGAAAUAAGAGAUGGAAGACGUUAACUACCCGAUGGGAUCCAUACGAAGAUAUUAUAUAUCAUAAUGGAUUGUUUUAUGCUCUCAGUAAUCAGGGACCCGUGGUAACCGUUGAUAUUGACUCUGAUCCCAUAUCAGUUAUAGAAAUUGCACCUAGAGUAGCAGAACCAAGAUUGGUUGACAAGUUGUAUUUGGUGGAGUCGUUGGGGGAUCUGAUACUGGUCUUAAGGAUCGACUGUGAGUGGCAGAAGGUAGAUGGCAGUCUACUCCAGCCCUACAAAACAGUGGAAUUCCAAGGAUACAAAUUGGAUAGGAUGAAUCGAAGGUGGAUGAAGAUAAAGAGCAUAGGCGAUCAAAUGCUAUUUCUGAGUGACAAUUGCUCAAUGUCAUUGUCUAGUCGUUACUUUCCUGAAUGCAGCAGAGGUGAUUCCAUCUACUUUAAUGACGACUAUUCUCAAAGAUACUUCCACAAUACGUUCGGUUGUCGCGACACGGUUGUAUUCGACCUGGCAGAUAAGUCGUUUUAUAAGGGCCCUCCCUUUUGUAGUAAUACUAUAAUUUGGGUUACGCCUCAACCUUGGUAG